AGAUACGAAACCUUGUUAACUGAAAUAGGCUCGUACCCUCAAUCUGUCCGGAAACAGCCCUUCGGCGCCUAAUUGUCAGAACCGGUUGCGUUGUAGCAGAGGCGGAUUGAUUUUGACGAACAGUAGCGCUCUCAUCGAUACAGAGAAAUCAUAUUGUUCCGGAUCACAGCGACAAGCGCUCAUAACCCAGGGACAAUGCAUUGAGGAAGAAAGACGACAGAUGAAGAGCUGAUGUGAAUUACAUGGUGGGGAAAAUAAUAUCACUUCAACAUAAAAAAGCUGUGGACUGGACACUUAUCAACACUUCUACCUGGUAUAGCUGUGGACUGGACACUUAUGACUACCUGGUAUAGCUGUGGAUUGGACACUACCUGAUGAACUCUACAAACUUUUCCUUGGAAUUCCCUCUGAGCACGGAAGAAAUCACAGCAGCGGAGCUUGAUAUCAACUUAGUGUACGAGAAAUAUAUUCCGGAGAAAUUUGUUAUCCCAAAAGUUUUGAAAACUAUUUUAUACGUUUUUGGAUUCCCCGGGAACAUUUUAGCAUGCAUUCUGUGGCUGCAGAAACCAAUGCUGCACUCCUCUGGAUGUUACCUUGCGGCACUAGCCGUAUCCGAUGUGAUUUUCCUGAUAAUGUCUUUAAUGUACGAUCUGACGCUUUACUGGAAAAUGAAGAUACUAGAUUUCCCGACUAUUUGUCAGCUGUUUCCGUGUUUAUACCUUUCUGUACAGUACUUAUCCCCUUUGCUCACGUUGGCGUUUACCGUGGAGCGGUUCAUAUCAAUUCGAUUUCCCUUCAAAAGGAGGAUAUAUUGUAACAUAAAGAGAGCAGUUUGUGUCAUUCUCACGUUAGUUGCUUUAUCACUCGGUGUUGCAGGAAUCCAGAUUUAUUUCUGGCAUUAUGAUUACCACUCCGAAACGUGUGUCAACAAAUUUGAACUUGUGUACCUGUCCGAGAAAUGGACGUGGAUCACGGAGUGCGUGAUGUUCAUGUUCGUCCCCGUGGUGAUUCUACUCUUCAAUAUUCUACUGGUUGUCACCAUGCGGAACUCUUCUCGCAGAGCUCAGGAGCUUUACGGUCCAAUGCCACCAAAGCAAAGGACAGCAACUACAAAGAUGUUGUUGGUUGUUUCAUUUGUUUUAAUUUUCACUACAAUACCAGUCAGCAUCGCAUAUUCCUUGAACGAGAAAUUUCCUGCAGGCGAUUCCAAUUCCAUUAACAAUAUAGCUGAUGACGUCACAUGGCAACGUCAUUUAAAUUUCGUGCUGACCCAGGAAAUCAUAUACGAUCUUGGACUCGUUCACUACGCCUGCAACUUUUAUCUUUAUUUGCUGACAGGGAAGAGGUUCAGACUUGCCAUCAAGAAAUAUUUUCAGAAGCUUUCGGUGUUGAAACUGGUGGAUUUCAAAGACAGAAAUUCUAGAUCUUUAAGGUCGUCUUUUACGGAAUUACGGUCCCUCUCUUGAUCCAUUUUCUCAAAGGAUGCAAAGGAAAUGAAAACAGAACAUAAACAUGACUAUUGUAAACACAUUAACUUUAAUACCUUAGCUGUACAUUGAUUUCCAAUAUAUAUGUCUUUUAAACGGAUAUUUCAACACAUAUUUAUGGAUUUUACUCAUAAAACCAAGAAAAAUACAGAACAUAAAGUAAUUUACCGGAUAAAAGAGCGCGAAAUGAUGUUAUAAGAAAUGUUAUUUCAGGCGGCAUGUUUUAAGAUAAGAGAAAUUACCUAGUGCUUAAAUUUGAUCUAUUAACUUAACUUUAGAUAGACAGCAAUUUUAUAGACAGUGUGACGGAAACACUGUGAAAUACCAUCUCGGCAAGGGUUUUGGGGGUUGAUUAUUGAUACAAUGCCUAACGAUUUGGAUGUUCUGAAUAAAAUCUACGUUUUACGUCAGGUUAAAAAGGAGACAUCAAAUGACUUUAUCUGAAACAAUGUCUGAAUAAAGCUACGCAUAGAACGGCUGCUGUAAAACGUAUAGAAUUUACAUACAUCCUCCCAAUGGAAUGUGUUAGAUGAUUAUAUAUGAUCGUAUUUGAUGUUUAUUUGUGUGAGACAAAACCAUAAAGUUUGAUGUAUACCAUA